GCCAUAUAGCCAAACAUGUUUUGUAUAGCCACAUAUGGCCGAUGUUGCCCCGAUGGGUGGCCGGACGAUCGCUAGGCUAUCGAAUUCAACUGCAAUAUUGCACAGCCAGUUCUCUUGUUGUUUCAGUCACUCUCUUUGCUAUGGCAUAGUGUAUCCUUUUCUACGCGACAUGACGUUUGCUUUGAGUGAAGUGUGCCUGUUGCUUUAUUCUGUGUUUUGCGAUCAGCUGUAUUUGUCGUUAAAUUAAAUAUUUAUUAAAAUUUAGGCUACUACGUAAAAAUGACUGCUACGUGGUCUAACGAGAAAAUUACUGAUUUCAUUAAUGAAGUACAUUUAUACCCUGAGUUGUGGGAUAUAAAAACCGGCAUAUACAAAGAUAGGAAUGCUAAAAAAGAUGCAUGGAAUGAAAUCGCUGAAAAGUUUGGCAUAACAAGCAACGAGGCUUACAAAAAAUUCAGAAGCCUAAGAACUUACGCAAAUAAUGAGGAGAAAAAGAAGAAAAGUGGUAGUGCUGGCGGUAAAACAGUAAAGUGGUUUGCUUACGAUGCGCUAUCGUUUCUCUUAAAACAAAAUUCCGCUAAUAUAGGAUUAGAUAGUGAAAAUGCAACUUCUAACGCGACUGAAACUACACACACUGACAUCAAUGCUGACCCACGUGAAUUCGUAGAAUUAGAAACGACUGGCUCUUUGGAUGCCGUCGAUACUACUCCAAAACCACGAACUAAAAGGUCCAAGACUACAGAUCCACUAUUAGAAAAGGCUCAAAAUAUUAUACGCGAUGCUGGCGAAAAAAAAAACGAAUAUGCUGCUUUCGGAGAGCAUGUUGCCAACAAAAUGAGUAAAUAUGACGACUACACGCGUUCGCAGGCUGAAUUGAAAAUCAUGAAAAUACUAUUUGAAUGUGACAUGACAAUGUACAGAACUCGAGCUGGUACUUCAGAAAGUCUAUAUUCAGAUUUAUCCACACCACCUCCUCAAAAUCCUCAAUCUGAAGAUAACGCCGUUUCAGAUAAAACACAGUCAAAAUUAAAUUAUGAAGAACUUGUGUCGUUUACUAUCCAAAAUGAUGCAUGAAACUGAAAAUUAGAAUUUUUAAGGACUACCAAAUUUCUUACUAUGAUUAGCCACUAAUUGUUAUUACUAGAAACCUUUUAUUAUUAAAUUUAAAAAGUACAUAAUAAUUACUUUAUUACUAAUUACUCCUUAUUAAUAAUAUUUAUAAUAGCAAACUUAAUAAACCUAUGUCAACUUACCUUGAU